CCCUGUUCCACCACCAGUGCCUCCAGGGACACCAACAACUGAACUGCCUCCCUCAGAGCCUCCCCCACACAUGGGCCAGCUGCAGGGCUGUAACUGCAGUGAGGAGAAAAUGUUCAAGAUGAAGGUGACUUGCUGCCACGACUGACGCCCCAGUGCGCUGAACAGAACAAGAAGUCCUGUCUUGGUAACAUACGAAUGGCCCAGGGAAGCCACCAGAUUGACAUUCAGGUUUUGCAAGACCUGCGCCAGAAGUUCCCUGAAGUCCCAGAGGGUGUUGUCUCCCAGUGUGUUCUGCAGAACAACAAUAACUUGGACGCCUGCUGUGAAUACUUGUCCCAAGUCAGUCCAGGCUACCUGUACAGCGAGGAAGGAAACCUAAGCUUUUCUGACGAUCCCAGCUUCACCCGGCUCCGAAAUCACAUGACCCAGCUGAACCUGGGCCUGCAGUCUCAGAAUGUGCACGUGGCCCCAGUUCAGGACGGCCUGAGAAUGAACGGCAGCCGGACUCUGGCUCACAGCCAGAGUGACGGGCCCCUCCAGACGAGCCAGGCUCCCAAUAGUGACUUCUUUCAACAAGAGCCCCAAUCAGCCCCAGUGCAGGUGCCCUCCAGCCUUAAUGUAUUUGGUGUGAUGGAACCCACGCGCAAACCACAGCCUCCACAACACCUUGGACUUUAUCCUCUGGGUGUCAAAGGAGCAACUCUGAGUGCCCAGCAGACACCACGCUACAACCCUUUUACAGUGACUCUAGCUCCCAAUAUCCCGACAGGCCGCAACACCCCCACCUCUUUGCACAUACAUGGUGGGCCACAGUCGGGCCUCAGCAGUCCACAGGGUAACUCUAUCUAUAUCAGGCCCUACCAGUCCGGUACAAAUCGGCAGAACCAGCAGCAGGGAAGCAGGGCCCAGUAUAGCCCCACGUCCCAGCCUCAGCAGCAGAUCUACCAGAUCACACACCCCUCCUCCCUGUCCGGCUCCUGGUCCGGCCCUCAGCACGCCUCCUCUUCACAUACCUCACAGCACCAGACCCAGGGCCACCAGACCUCUCAUGUCUACAUGCCCAUCAGCUCCCCCACAAAUCCACAGGCACCCUCCAUUCUUCCCACUGGAAGCCAAGCCUCUUCCUCUGGUGUCUCCUCAUGCUCUUCCUCCUCUUCUGUCAUGCCCCCUUCCUCUACCAUCAGCCAGUACAACAUCCAGAACAUCUCCACUGGUCCAAGGAAGAAUCAGAUAGAGAUUAAACUUGAAUCUCCUCAAAGGAGCAACUCCACAACCACAACAGCUGUGUUGCGGACUAGCAGUGGUCCGCGUUUAUCCUCCACCUCCUCCUCCUGUCCCUCCUCUACGUCCUCCUCCACUGGGGUGGCUACUGUCCCCACUACCCCUCUGUCAAUUGGAUGCCCAGGCCUGAGCCGCAGCCAGCCGACUGUUGUCAUCUCUGCCAGCCCACCUACUGCUGCUAUCACUCCCUCUGAGGAGGCUGUCGUGGCCUCAGGCGGCCCCCGCUCCCAGCCCAAGUUUUACAUUUCUGCCAAUGCCUCCAGUAACUAUGGUGGGGGUGGGAACCCUCCAAAACUCUACAUCUCAGCCAACACUCCCUUGCAGGGCUCUUCAGGGGCCAGGAACAUGGGAGGCCAAGUGAGCAUGGGCCCGGCCUACAUCCACCACCACCCGCCUAAGUCUCGUGCCUCUGUGGGAGGGGGAGGCACCGCCUCCUCUCCGCGCGUGGUGGUGACCCAGCCCAACACCAAAUACACUUUUAAAAUCACCGUGUCGCCCAAUAAGCCCCCAGCUGUGUCCCCCGGAGUAGUGUCUCCAACAUUUGAGCCCAACAACCUCCUCAGCCUUCCUGCAGACCACCACUUUGUGGAGCCAGACCCCCUUCAUCUCUCAGACCCACUGUCGCCUCACAGGGACAGGCCGAGUGAGCCUCGCAGACUCAGCAUGAGCUCUGAUGAUGCAGCAUACACACAAGCGUUAUUGGUCCACCAGAAGGCACGCAUGGAGAGGCUGUGGCAUGAGCUGGAACUGAAGAAGAAGAAGCUGGAGAAGCUAAAAGAGGAGGUGAAUGAGAUGGAGAACGACCUGACCAGGAGACGACUGGAAAGAUCCAACUCGGCCUCCCAAAUUCCUUCGAUUGAGGAAAUGAAGCAGUUACGAUGCAAAAACAGAUUAUUGCAAAUCGACAUCGACUGUCUCACCAAAGAAAUUGAUCUCCUUCAAACAAGAGGACCACACUUUAAUCCUAGUGCAAUCCAUAAUUUCUAUGACAACAUUGGAUUCCUUGGUCCUGUCCCACCCAAACCUAAAGGUACUUCAUCUGUUGACUCGGGCAGUAAGACGGCGAAGCCCGCUGCAGAGCAUGAGGAGGACGAGGGGACACAGUGGAGCUGCACCGCCUGCACCUUCCUGAACCACCCCGCCUUAAACCGCUGUGAACAGUGUGAGUUCCCGCGUCACUUCUGAGCCGACCGCGCCACGCUGCGUCCUCCUCUGUCCUCCUCUGUCCUCCUCUGCUCGCCUACAAUAGAAAAGGACCUCCUGUAUUUCCCCAUCCAUGUAUUAAAGCUGGGACAGGUGACAGGUGACAGGUGACAGGUGACGCCUCGGUGCGGCCGCUUUUCUCUCUGAGGUUUUUACAGAACGCUGUUCACUGAAGGUUUGACUGGAGUGUGUUUACAGCUGCUGUUGAAGUAGAUGUUACCUCACUGAGAGACUCACUGUGCUCGUCUGCAGCCCCGAGGUUACCUCACUGAUCCCACUGACAGUAUUAGUAUCACACACACACACGGACACACACACAGACACACACACACAGACACAGAGACACACAUGACUGUGGGACUGGACUCAGCCUCUGAAGGGAAACCGUGUGGAUUCUCCCGUUCGUUUGCCGUUUGUAGAGAUUGUCAAAGUGUCGCUGUCGCUCUCGGUCUCUUCAGUCGUGAGUUAGUGAAUCAGAGAAACUAAGUUGCAUGCUUUGUGUACAGUACACGGAGGCAGAACGUCCCCAUGAGCUUUUCUUCUGUACAUAUUUUAGAGUUUGCCUCCUUCCUGGCUCUUUGAAUCACUUGUAUUUCCUUGUAAGUAUAGCUUUAUAGACUUUAAUAACUUCUUUUGUUUCCCUCUUUCAAACAAAUAAGCGUCAUGCUCCUCGUUAAGCUUUUUACUUGAGAUCUGUGAGAGUUGAAGCCUUGCAGAAGCAGAGGAACAGAGCAGUCAUCAUGAAGCUACGUCUGCCGGGUCCGUUCAUCGCUCGUGUCAUUUGCUGACUUCCCUGUGUACGAGGUGCAGAUGCAGCAGAGUGGAAUCGUUUCACUUUGUUUUUCGUUUUUUCGGUUUUUGUUUUUCCUUCGGUCUGUCGGGGUGAGGGAACGAGUCAAACUGCCAUGUUAUCUGACAACUGGAAUGUAGGUUUGAUGUUUGGGGACAAAAACACCUCAGUGCAAAGAGACACUAUAAUAUUUCCCAGUACAAUCAGGCUGUGAGUUUAGGUGGUGUGAGGUCCUGAGGUCAAAGUCUUUCUGUUUAUCAUGCUCCAGUGACACAAGUACAACAGGUUGCCAUAGUUACAGUAUCUUGCAAGCAGAUGAGGCAAAAAAAAUAAAAGACGAGAUAAAGAAAAGCAAAAAUCUCAUGUUUUUCUCGGUGUAAGCACAAGAUGACUGUCCACUUAUUCUUCUCCUGUUAUUUGGCUCCAUUCAUCCUCCAAAGCUUGUAUUGAUGGGGGUGUUUCUAAAGUUUACUCUUGUCAUUAACUUACCUUAACUGUGGACUAGUUACAUUUUUACCACAUUGUGAAAUGUUGCCUUUCGAAUUGAAUUUGUAUUGAUCUCUUCUCUUUUGUCACGUACAAGUGCCUUUUUUAAAGCAAACCUCUGAUUUUGUGUAAACCCGUUUAAAAGUACAUGAAUUGUCUCUUAAGCACUUACAACAUUUUUAUUUUUUCCUUUUUCCAACCCAAAGAAACCGGUUCAGCUUGAUCUGCACCUUGGUGUGAAGAGGCAGUUUAUUCAUGUUUUAUUAAAUGGAAAAAAUAAUAAUAAUUUGGAUAUCUAAAGUUUUUGUUUUAUUUCUUUUUUUUUGAUUUUGAUUUUAGCUGGGAAAACUGUCUUUGUAACAGAUAAGUUAUUUGUAAAAACAAUAAAAAAAAAUCUAUUCUGAA